UCCCUUCCUUGUUGCUGUCCACCUUCUUUCCUUUCUACACCUUUCUCUUUCUCCUCUCCUUCCUUCUCCCCCUCUUUGGCUCACACUGCCUCUGAAAUCCUGGCUUACAGUGACCUUCCUUGUUUCUGUCUCUUCCGUGCUUGAGAUUGUAGGGAAUAUCACUUGCUGAUGAUAAUUCGUGGUCAUUUCUCCAGAACUCUACAUUUUCUCCCUUUGUUCUUAGUCCCCGUGCCUGACUGGCUACCUCCACCCAGUCCUCACUUAUACGCACAAGUGGAGACUGAACGUGUGAUCAAGACUAUACUUUGUUUCAAAAAUCAUUUAAAACGUAUAUAAAUUUACCUUUGGACUGUAUGUAUAAGUGGUAUAGGCAACCCCAAUGAUCUUUGUUUAAAAUCAAAUUCUAACGUCAAGAUAGCUCAUUAUUUAUGAAAAUUUCACAAAAAAAAAUCAAGAGUCUGAAAUAAAAAAGAUUCUAAAAUUUUCAGAAGGUUAUUUGGGAGUUUCUGUUUCUCAGCAUUGAUGCCAGAUGGCAGUGUCCACAGAUUGUCAGCCUUGCAUGCUGAUAGUUGUCAACUUUGGAUGCUAACAGGGUUUUAGAUGGUCCAAGUUGAAUUCUACAUGAAUGAAAACACAUUUAAGGAGAGAUUAAAAUUGUUUUUCAUAAAAAACCAGAGAUCAAGUCUAAGAAUCCGCUUGUUCAACUUUUCCCUCAAAUUGUUAAGCUGCUUAUUAUACAUUAUCCGAGUGCUGCUUGAGAAACCUUCACAGGGAAAUGAAUGGUCUCACAUAUUUUGGGUUAACAGAAGUCUACCUUUAUGGGGCUUACAGGUCUCAGUGGCAUUGAUCAGUCUAUUUGAAACAAUACUCCUUGGUUAUCUCAGUUAUAAGGGAAAUAUCUGGGAACAGAUUUUAAGAAUCCCAUUCAUCUUGGAAAUAAUCAAUGCGGUCCCCUUCAUUAUCUCAAUAUUCUGGCCUACCUUAAGGAAUCUAUUUGUUCCAGUUUUUCUAAACUGUUGGCUUGCCAAACAUGCCUUGGAAAAUAUGAUUAAUGAUCUUCAUAGAGCCAUUCAACGAACCCAGUCUGCAAUGUUUAAUCAAGUUUUGAUUUUGAUAUCUACAUUACUAUGCCUUAUCUUCACUUGCAUUUGUGGAAUUCAGCAUCUGGAACGAAUUGGCAAGAAACUCAAUCUCUUUGAUUCCCUCUAUUUCUGCAUUGUGACAUUUUCUACUGUGGGCUUUGGGGAUGUCACUCCGGAAACGUGGUCCUCCAAGCUAUUUGUCGUUGCUAUGAUCUGCGUUGCUCUUGUGGUACUCCCCAUACAGUUUGAGCAAUUAGCCUAUUUGUGGAUGGAGAGACAAAAGUCAGGUGGAAACUACAGUCGUCACAGAGCUCAGACUGAGAAGCACGUUGUCCUGUGUGUCAGCUCAUUGAAAAUCGACUUACUUAUGGAUUUUCUAAAUGAAUUCUAUGCACAUCCAAGACUGCAGGAUUAUUAUGUGGUGAUUUUGUGUCCUACGGAGAUGGAUGUGCAAGUUCGGAGGGUGCUACAGAUUCCGAUGUGGUCCCAGAGAGUGAUCUACCUUCAAGGCUCAGCACUUAAAGAUCAGGAUCUCCUGAGAGCAAAGAUGGACAAUGCGGAGGCCUGUUUCAUUCUGAGCAGCCGCUGCGAAGUGGACAGAACAUCGUCUGAUCACCAAACAAUUUUGAGAGCAUGGGCUGUGAAAGAUUUUGCUCCCAAUUGUCCUUUGUAUGUCCAGAUAUUAAAACCUGAAAAUAAGUUCCACAUCAAAUUUGCAGAUCAUGUUGUAUGUGAAGAAGAGUUUAAAUACGCCAUGUUAGCUUUAAACUGUAUAUGCCCAGCAACAUCUACACUUAUUACACUACUGGUUCAUACCUCUAGAGGGCAAGAAGGGCAACAGUCUCCAGAACAGUGGCAGAAGAUGUACGGGAGGUGCUCGGGAAAUGAAGUCUAUCACAUCGUUUUGGAAGAAAGUACAUUUUUUGCUGAAUAUGAAGGGAAGAGUUUUACCUAUGCCUCUUUCCAUGCACACAAAAAGUUUGGUGUCUGCUUGAUUGGUGUUAGGAGGGAGGAUAAUAAAAACAUUUUGCUGAAUCCAGGUCCUCGAUACAUUAUGAAUGCCUCAGACAUAUGUUUUUAUAUUAAUAUUACCAAAGAAGAAAAUUCAGCAUUUAAGAACCAAGACCAGCAGAGAAAAAGCAAUGUGUCAAGGUCAUUUUAUCAUGGGCCUUCCAGAUUACCUGUCCACAGCAUCAUUGCCAGCAUGGGUACUGUGGCUAUAGACUUGCAAGACACAAGCUGUAGGGCAGCAAGUGGCCCUACCCUAGCUCUUCCUUCAGAAGGAAGCAAAGAAUUAAGAAGACCUAGUAUUGCUCCUGUUUUAGAGGUUGCAGAUGCAUCAUCAAUUCAGACAUGUGAUCUUCUAAGUGACCAAUCAGAAGAUGAAACUACACCAGAUGAAGAAACUUCUUCAAAUUUAGAAUAUGCCAAGGGCUACCCUCCUUACUCUCCAUACAUAGGAAGUUCACCUACUUUUUGUCACCUACUUCAAGAAAAAGUACCCUUCUGCUGCUUAAGAUUAGACAAGAGUUGCCAGCAUAACUACUAUGAGGACGCAAAAGCCUAUGGAUUCAAAAAUAAACUAAUUAUAGUUGCAGCUGAAACAGCUGGAAAUGGAUUAUAUAAUUUUAUUGUACCUCUCAGGGCAUAUUAUAGACCAAAGAAAGAAUUAAAUCCCAUAGUUCUGCUAUUGGAUAACCCCCUAGAUGACUUGCUCAGGUGUGGAGUGACGUUUGCUGCCAACAUGGUGGUUGUGGACAAAGAGAGCACCAUGAGUGCAGAGGAAGACUACAUGGCAGACGCCAAAACCAUUGUGAACGUGCAGACCCUUUUCAGGUUGUUUUCCAGUCUCAGUAUUAUCACUGAGCUUACUCACCCAGCAAAUAUGAGAUUCAUGCAGUUCAGAGCCAAGGACUGUUACUCUCUUGCACUUUCAAAACUGGAAAAGAAAGAGCGAGAACGAGGUUCUAACCUGGCCUUUAUGUUUCGACUGCCUUUCGCUGCUGGACGAGUGUUCAGCAUCAGCAUGUUGGACACGCUUCUGUAUCAGUCAUUUGUGAAAGAUUAUAUGAUUUCUAUCACCAGACUUCUGUUGGGACUGGACACCAUACCAGGAUCGGGGUUUCUUUGUUCUAUGAAAAUCACUGAAGAUGACUUGUGGAUCAGAACAUAUGCCAGACUCUAUCAGAAGUUGUGUUCUUCUACAGGAGAUGUUCCCAUUGGGAUCUACAGGACGGAAUCUCAGAAACUAACCACAUCUGAGUCUCGAGAAAUAGCAUCGCAAUCUCAGAUAUCCAUCAGUGUGGAAGAGUGGGAAGACACCAAAGAUGCCAAAGAGCCGGGGCACCACCGUGGCAUUCACCGCAACUCAACCUCCAGCGACCAAUCAGACCACCCCUUGCUGCGGAGGAAGAGCAUGCAGUGGGCCCGAAGGCUGAGCAGAAAAGGCCCAAAGCACUCUGGUAAAACUGCAGAAAAAAUAACCCAGCAGCGGCUGAACCUCUACAGGAGGUCCGAAAGACAGGAGCUUGCUGAACUUGUGAAAAAUAGGAUGAAACACCUGGGCCUUUCUAUGGUGGGCUACGAUGAAAUGAAUGAUCAUCAAAGCACACUGUCCUACAUCCUGAUCAAUCCAUCUCCAGAUACCAGGCUUGAGCUGAAUGAUGUUGUAUACUUGAUUCGACCAGACCCACUGUCCUACCUGCCAAACAGUGAACCCAGUAGGAAAAACAGCAUCUGCAAUGCCACUGUUCAAGACUCUCGGGAGGAAACUCAACUCUGAUGGACAGAAAAUAAGAGACCUUAUUUUCCCUACGGGGACCUUGCUUGAAAUCACUAAAAUGUUGUAGAUGGUCCUAAGAAACGGACUGGAAGGUACUCAAUUUCUCACUUUUCUUCUAUUUAAAAACAAAAUCUAUUCUCUCAGAAGUACAGAUAAUUUUGAAACUUCAUGUGGUAUUUAUUGACAUUUCCCUGGUUAGUAUUUAAAUUUCAUCACUGGGAGAUUCUGAAAAAUGAAUAUAAAAUACAGAAGUUGAAAUCCAAUAUUUAACUGUUCAAGAAUAAUCAGAAGUGUAUGCAUCCUAUUUUAAAACAUUACUAAGACUGUAUGAAAACAAAGAAAUCCACCUAUAUUCAGUGCAUCACAAGGGCACUGAAGCCUGAUUUUAUCCUUAUAAUUAAAUAUAUCAUUAUAUUGCUUAAA